GGAACCACAUUUUAGGACUUAUGAAAGUAAUGUCACCUAUUACAGGACGCACGUAUUAUAUUGGUGAAUAGCGAAGUGCGUCGCAUAUUGUCAGGAUAAAUCUUCCGAAUGAAACAGAGAAAAAGUAUCUUCAGACCUUUUAUUUAAAUUGCGCGCUUCUAUUACAUUCUUUGUGUAUCAUACGCCUGUCAGAGGUCGUUCGUUGCAGUGCAAAUGCGAUGCUGCAAUGGAAGCCGAAUGUGUGAAUGCGAAUUCCGGACCUGGAGCUUGUGUGUUAUAUGUUGUGCUGUAUGAUUUUGGCAGCGUGUGAAUGAAGGGUUGACCAAUAGUUUACUUUAAAUCUUUGUCACUGUGAUAUUCAUGUGAGAGGUAGUUAAUAGUUUAUAAGCGUAUUUACUGUGACAAGCUAAGCAAAUGGAUCCAGGAAGCAGAGGCAUUUUGUAUAUAAUUUUCCAGCUCGGCAUUUUCUUGCGAUUAUUUGAUUACAUUUGUGUGAGUAUUCGAAAUAAAUCCGGGAAUUUCCUUAAGUAGUAUCAGGCAUAAUUUUGUAGCCAAGCUAUUGUGGCGUAAAAUAAAGAGUUAUAUAGGAAUGCACAAUGCGACACUUCUCUCUUCUUUCACUCUUUGAACUUGUAUGUCCUUGUAAACUGGAAUAUCACAGUUGACGUCAUUUCGAACAUUGUAAUGUUGCGGUAUUUUUUUCCUUUGUGCGUUAACUAGUCCAUUGACUAUAAAACAAUCGUUGGGCAACAUAAAUACUGGUAAAAGUGUGAUUUUGUUAGAAAGUUCCCUUCGACAACUAUCCCAACCGAGUUCGAAGUAGGCCAACAGCGUAGGAUUAUGGGUGUCAGGCAGCGUGGUAGUGUGUGGUGGUCAGAUGAUGACAGUUCGUGAAAGUUACAUGACGAGUAUUGUGGGAACUUGAACUUGGAAGUCUUGCGUCUCACAGUUUCGAAUACACGUCCAUUACAACCAUGGCUUUGCGGGCAGAAACUGUGCAUGAUGCGGAAUUCAUCCUCAAAUCUCUUCUUGCUGGAGGUGUUGCAGGAAUGUGUUCAAAAACUACUGUUGCACCUCUGGACCGAAUUAAGAUAUUGUUGCAAGCUCACAACAAGCAUUACAAACAUUUAGGUGUUUUUAGUGGGUUACGGGAAAUAGUGGAAAGGGAAACUGUUUUGGCGUUAUACAAGGGAAAUGGGGCUCAAAUGGUGCGAAUAUUCCCAUAUGCUGCUACCCAGUUUACAGCAUUUGAAUUGUAUAAAAAGAUGUUUUCUUCUGUACUUGGUAGCAACUCGCAUGUCGGAAAAUUCCUGUCUGGUUCUUCAGCUGGUGUCACAGCUGUGGCUUUAACCUAUCCUUUAGAUACAAUCCGUGCUCGUCUAGCAUUCCAAGUGACUGGGGAGCAUGUGUACACUGGUAUUAUCCAUGCAGCAUCUUCUAUAUUCAAAGAUGAAGGUGGUGUCCGUGCACUGUACAGAGGAUUUGUCCCCACGGUUUGUGGAAUGAUACCCUACGCAGGCUUUUCCUUCUCCUCUUUUGAAAUGCUCAAAUAUCUGUGUAUGAAGUACCUGCCGCGCUGGACUUGUCAACCAUGUUCACGCAACACUGGAGGCCUUGUUCUAGUAGUACCUGCUAAACUAUUGUGUGGAGGGCUGGCAGGAGCCAUUGCCCAGAGUGUUUCUUAUCCCUUAGAUGUAACGCGGAGACGAAUGCAGCUGGCCAUGAUGAACCCAGAAACUCGGAAGUUUGGGAUGGGAAUGAUCCAAACAAUGAAACUCAUCUACCAGGAGAAUGGUGUUUUCAGAGGUCUCUAUAGAGGUAUGAGCAUUAAUUACCUGCGUGCCAUUCCAAUGGUAGCUGUAUCGUUUUCUACAUACGAAUUGAUGAAGCAAUUUCUGAAUUUGGAUACUGGCAUGAAAUUGUCAUAAUUUUUUGAAGUUUUGGAAUAUUGGUGUAUUCAAAUUCCAAGUUUUGUUAAUGUGUUAAAGGAAGUUAUUUUUGUUAGGUUUUAGAGACUAGGAUUGAGAAAUAUUUUCUUUUUCCGUUGUUCAGUCUUUCAUUUCCUGCUAAUAAUUGCCAGUUUUAAAAAUAUAUCUUUGCUUCAACAGAUUUAGUUGAAGGUACUAUGUAGCUCUAUGUUCUUACUUAAUAUUCUGUGUAUUCACAGUACUUCCUAGAAAUGCAUUUCUCUUACCUUUAAUUUAUUAUUCAACAUUUAUUACUGGCCAAUGUACUUGUUAAAUUGUCCUAGUCUUUUACACUUUUUCUUGUUACAUGAUACCUUUCUACUUUUUAUCUGAAGUUUUGUUGUAUGUAUUGUGUGAUUACAUGCACAAAUACUCACAUGUACAUACAAAUAUGUCUAUUUUUUUUAAUAUAUAUUCCUAUUUGUGUUGAACUAAGGCCAGUAUAUACGUUUAUGUUAAAGAUGAUGAUCUGUAUUUUGAUUGGAUUUCAAUGAACGUAGGGGAUACAUUAGUUUUCUAUAGAGACAAAAAAGAGAAUUUAUAGAUGGCUCUUAAAAUAUUCCUGGAAAAUGUUUGAAAGUUUAAAUUUGUAUUAAAUCAGUUAGAGAAAGGAAUUAAAUUACAACAUGCCAUUGUUGUUGGUUAAUUAUAACAAAUUUAGAAAUAUUUCCUUAGUUUUCAUUUGUUUUAAAAAAAUUCAGUUAAGUCAGCUUAAAAAGUAAUUUGCCAGAAUGAAUUUUAUACAUACUAUUACUAGAAGUUGUUUUCCCAAGACUGAAUAAAAAUAGCUAGUAAUACUUUAAAUGUCCUUUACUUGUAAUUUCAAGUUUUAGGAAGUUGAAUGGUUUUUAACCGGGAAAGGAGAGGAAUUAAAGUAAGUCUGGUCUCAGUCAAAUGCUGCUGCUAGAAUUUGCUCUGUAGCUCUAUGAUUCUGAUAGUGUUGCUUGAAUUAUUAAAUCAAAAUUAUUGGAUUAUUCAAUAUCUUUGUAUUUACUUUGAAGAACUUUUUCCCCUCAUAAGCUUCUAUAUUUGUAUGGGUGUGUGUAUUUGUAGAUGCAUGCACAGUUUACGAAUCAGGGUAAAUUACUGCUAAGGUCACAGGAUGUACUCAGGGAUUCUUGGUUGAGUAUGGAUUGUAUGCUUAUGAGAUUGUCAUUGUGAGACAGAUUAUUUCUUAUCAGUUUAAAAAAUUUAUUGAGUUUCUUCUGUUGAAGCCAGUACUCUAAAGUACCUUCUGUGAAUUUUAGCAAUUCAUAAAAUUAUGUACAUUACAUAUAUUAUGUGUGGGCAUUUUAAAUAUAAUCUGGUUUUACAAAUAUCUAGAAUGAAGGUCAAUAUGAAUUUAAUGUAGGUAAAGGUUAAAAAUUUGAUGACACAUCCUUAUUUUUGAAAAGAAGAAGAAAAAAAAAAUCAGAAUGUAUUUGUAAUGUUAUGAAUAUAUGGUUGUAAGUUCAACAUGUUCUUAAAACAUUUUUCACUAACAUGAGAGGUACUACAAAGUUUCAUGUCAUGAGAGUAUUCUCUUUUGAUGAAUUCACUUAAGUGUUAGUUUAUGUUAGUUGUGAUAAUUGAACCUAAGGAGAAAUUACUUUUCAGAUGUAUGAAAAAUAAAUUCUAAAACUUCAUUCUCCAUUACUUCUGAAUGAGACUCAGUUGCCCAAUUUUGUGAGGUAGAGGAAAUUUCUCUCUCUUUAGUAUCUGAAAAUCUUAUUUAAUAUUAUUAUUAUUAUUAUUAUUAUUAUUAUUAUUAUUAUUAUUAUUAUUAUUAUUAUUGUUAUUAUGAAAAUCGUAUUCAUAUCAUUUAAUUCUGUGCAGUAUGAUAUACAUUCUGACAGAACAGAUUUUCAAUUUAGAGAAACUUGUCUUACCUCUAGACAAGUAAAUCCUCUUAAAUUCAUUUAAAGGUCUCUUCAUUCUAGGGAUUUGUUACUUAUUUCACUAGAUUUUAUGUGAAUGCACAUUUAAUAUUACAGUGCAUGUACCAAAGUACAUUUUGUAAACCAGUCUGUACCUACUUACUUCUAUGUGAUACAAAGGGUAGAAUAGAAGAAUAUGUUGGGAAGAGAGAACAUCAUAUUUUGAUAUGAAAGCGUUAAUUAUUGGCUGAAAGUGCAAUAAGUUGUUAUUGUUGAUGGGAUAUUUUAGAAAGGCGCAUUUAUAUGAAGCUGGAUGUGGUUGUUUCUCUAAAUUGCAAAACUUCGUAAAACUAUCAUUUAGUUUUUUCAGAAGUAUAGUAUGUGUUAAUGACAAUUCAAAACAAAGGUUGGUGAUCAUAAAAUAUAUACAUUACAAUCAGUAUUAUUGUUAAUGAAAAAUUAGAAUAUAGGAAUGGGUGUAUUUAUUGUGCUUAUCAAAUACUUACUUUGGUCACAUUUUUAUUCAUGACUUGUUUUAAUAGGUUUUUUUCAUGGCAGGGCAUUUUAAACCAAGACAGAAUUUUCAGAAAUUGUGCAAAUCCUCAGCUACUAUCUGUAGUGUAACAAGAAGAUUAAUAAAUAACAUUAAAAUGUCUGUUUUUAUUGAGAUAAACAAUCGUGCUGUUCGCACCUAAAUUAAUUCCAGGUGUAAUUAUAACUAUAUCGUUUAAAAUCAUUGUAUCUUUUAAAGACAAGAAUUGCUGUUGACAAGUUUAAGAAACUCUGCUGUGCUUUCGAUCAUUAUAAAUUUAUGGGAUAUAUAAUUAUAUAUUUAUAUUUAUCUGCUAGAAAAAUUGAGUCUUCCUGUACAAAAUAAAAACAAUUAUUUGAGUAAUAUGGUGUACCUGUUAUUGGUUGUUGUAAAAUUUCAAUUGUGUAUUGUAUUGCACGUUUACUAAUAAUUGUAACAUAAUUAAAUUUUGUUUCAUCUAUAUAGAUAUUAUUUUUUAAUAACAUAUUUUGAGAUUUUUAUCAAAUUAGAAAAUAUAAUAUUUUGAUACACUCAAAAACUUUGUGAAGGUUUUGCUGCACUUUUUUAUUAUCUGCAUUGUGCUCGGAGAGUUGCUAUUGAGUAAUCAACCCUGUGAAAUACAAUGUAGGGGGCUGAGUGUUCUGGGGAGAGCAGUUCUGUUUCGGAGUAGAAUCUAGGAAAUGGCACCUGGAUUGAACAAAAGUGAUUACUAAAAGGCCAUUAGGUUGUGUGGUUCAAGCACUUGUUUGAAAAGUGUGUAUUCCUGUCAGAUAGAGGUUAUUUUUCAUUUCAAAAAAUGUUGUGUAGGAGAUCCUCUUGAUAUUAGAGAAUGGCGAGAGGGAGUUGAGAGAAGAAUGAGAUAAUAAUUUUGUUUAGCAGUCUACAGUUAUUACAAUAAUUUCAUUAUGAAAUGUUAACUAGAAAAUAAUAAUUGCAUAUUGAAACUCUGAAAGAAGUUUCAUUCCUGACAUUUAGCUCUCUGUCGCAAUCAGUCACAAAUUUGCUUAAAAGUAGAAAAUUAAGUUUGUGUACAAUGAGUACUUAUAGGCAUGUAUUACAGAAUUUCAUUUUUUUUUCAUGUCUUUAUUUGUUAUGACAAUUGUUUCCAUGAACAAACUUUAUUUCAACUGUUAAGAUUUUUCAUUUCAUAGAUUCAUAAUAUUGUUAUUGCAGAAUAAUUUUAUUAUGUUCAACUUUCUAGAAUGGAAGUAAAAUUUUAUGAUGCAAAUGAAACACAUUGCAUUCAAAACAUUUUUGCUAAUGUACAAAGCAGUGUCCAAGAGUUUUAUUAUCUUUUUGCUGUAAACCAUUAAGGGCAAAUAAAUGUAUAUUCUCUUUACUGCAAUCUUAAAAGCAACUUUAGAUAUGGUUCUGGAAAUGUAAUAAAGAAUAAUUUUGUACUUC